GCGGCGGCGGCGGAGGCGGAGGCGGCUCGGGCUUGGCUCCGCGUCGGGCUGGCUCCGCGGCCGCUCAUGGGCAGCCAGGGCGGCUUAGGGCCCCCCGGGAACGGCGGGCCCAGCGAGGGCGAGAGCGGGGAGACGAGGAAACUGCAGGAAGGGAAAGCCGCGAGGGGAAAGCGGAGGAAAGGGAAGGGGAAGGGGAAAGCAGGAGCAGGGCAAGGCGGAAGAGGAAGCGGGGCGGAAGGGAAGCCGCAGCCGCCACAGGCAAAGGAGGCAGCGGGGCUGGGGGCCGAGGCGGGAGAGAGGGUAGGCCUGGGAAAGGUAGGAGAGGGAGGCGGAAGCGUAGAGGAAGGGGAGAGAAGGAUCGUCAGGGGAGAUGAGGGGAGCGCAGGGGCGCGGAAGGAGGCCAAAGGAAGAUAUGAUGGGAAGAAGGAGGAGUGGAGGGUCAGAACUGGACAGCGGGAGGAGGCCAGGCCGGCGAGAGCACAGGGACGAGGGGGUCAGGCUUGGGGCCGCCUCGCUGGGACAGGGGCGGCCAUGGCGGCGGCGGCUGAGGAAGAGGCGGGAGCCCGGGAGCCUGCCGGCCGCCCCGCCGCGGGGCCCGCGCUCCUGCGCCUGCCGGAGGAGCUGCUGCUGCUCAUCUGUUCCUACCUGGACAUGCAGGCCCUCGGCCGCCUGGCUCAGGUGUGCCGCUGGCUGCGGCGCUUCACCAACUGCGACCUGCUCUGGCGCCGGAUAGCCCGGGCCUCACUCAACUCCGGCUUCACGCGUCUCGGCACCGACCUGAUGGCCAGUGUACCAGUGAAGGAACGGGUGAAGGUAUCUCAGAACUGGAGGUUGGGGCGCUGCCGAGAGGGGAUUCUGCUGAAGUGGAAAUGCAGUCAGAUGCCCUGGAUGCAGCUAGAGGGUGAUUCUCUGUACAUAUCCCAGGCUAAUUUCAUCCUGGCCUAUCAGUUCCGCCCAGAUGGUGCCAGCUUGAACCGGAGGCCCCUGGGAGUCUUUGCUGGGCAUGAUGAGGACGUUUGCCACUUUGUGCUGGCCAACUCGCAUAUUAUCAGUGCAGGAGGAGAUGGGAAGAUUGGCGUUCAUAAGAUUCAUAGCACCUUCACUGUCAAGUACUCAGCCCAUGAACAGGAGGUGAACUGUGUGGAUUGCAAAGGGGGCAUCAUUGUGAGUGGCUCCAGAGACAGGACGGCCAAGGUAUGGCCUUUGGCCUCAGGCCGGCUGGGGCAGUGCUUACACACCAUCCAGACUGAAGACCGAGUCUGGUCCAUUGCUAUCAGCCCACUGCACAGCUCCUUUGUGACAGGGACAGCCUGUUGUGGGCACUUCUCACCCCUAAGAAUCUGGGACCUCAACAGUGGGCAGCUGAUGACGCACCUGGGCGGUGACUUUCCUCCAGGGGCGGGGGUACUGGACGUCAUGUACGAGUCCCCUUCCACACUCCUGUCCUGUGGUUACGACACCUAUGUUCGCUACUGGGACCUCCGAGCCAGUGUCCGCCGGAGUGGCUCCCUAAGGCCGCUGGGGAAGCUGGGGUGGAGGUGGAGGGCACCCCCAAACCUCCCCCUGCAUCACCUCCUCCCGGACAGGAAGUGUGUCAUGGAGUGGGAAGAGCCCCACGACAGCACCCUGUACUGCCUGCAGACGGAUGGGAACCACCUGCUGGCCACUGGCUCCUCCUACUACGGUGUCGUGCGACUGUGGGACCGGCGCCAAAGGGCCUGCCUACACGCCUUCCCUCUGACGUCGACGCCCCUCAGCAGUCCUGUGUACUGCCUGCGCUUCACCACCAGGCAUCUCUACGCUGCGUUGUCUUACAACCUCCAUGGCCUGGACUUUCAAACCCCGUGACAGGGCCACCCCAGCCUGUGGGCCAGAGAAGCCAGCUACUCAGGGACCUCUGCUGCCUGCAGGGUGCAGUGAUACCUCCUCCCCGGCCCUGCCUGUGUUCCUAGACCUGUGACCAUGGUACUCAGGCACCUUAAGAUAAAGGCUGCUGACUCCUGGGCACUGGGGUUACCCAGGGGUGCAAUCCCUCUCAGGAACCAGGUGGAAAGAAGGGACCUGCUGCUGCUCAGCUGAACUUAGCUGGGCCUCGCUUCCCUGUUGGCCAGAGCAAGGAUCUGGCCUGGGGAGAGAGGCCCACCCCUUCUUAGAGCCGGGCCAGCUCAACACAAGAGUGAGGUGAGGUGCUCCAGCCUUCCCAGUUGGUCCCUUCCUGCCCCUUCCCUGGAAGGAGAGGGGAGGCUGCCAACACCCUGUGACAAGCCUCCACCUCAGUCAGACCCCACCCUUGACCAAGCUCUUGGGCUGGGGACUCAUUCCUGGGGUACUGUGGCCUGGUCUUGCUUUGAAACCAAGAAAGGACAAAGGGAACCCCAAAAUUUUGAAUGAGUUCUGAGCCAGCCCAACCUCAGGCUAGCUGUUGAGACAUGCUAAAAUGUUCAUUUUGUAGAAAUAAAGCUUGAUU